UAGGAACUUUUUCUCAACACCUAGAAACCCUAUCAAGGUUUACAAGAAACUAGGUCCUCUUGAGAUUCCAUGGUCUCAUGGCUCACAUUAAUCUUCUUUAGAAAAAUCUUUGACCAUUUCUCCUAGUUUUGAUAUAAUUAUAUUUGUGCAUGGUCCCCCUCUUAGAGCUGCCUUGCACCCCAAGAAGCCGCCUAUGAGUCCCCCUCCUGUGGUCUUUUUUUCAAGUCAACUUGCAGCACACCCGCAUCGUUUCAGAAAAUUUCUCCGUGUUCCACGCAAAGCCUGAAGGAAAGGAACCCAGCAUUAUCAAAGAAAGAUCAAAAAGCUGCAAGCAUGGUCUUGCUCUCAAUACCAAUCCUUGAUGCUAUGCCAUCCUUGUUUGUGCAUUCUUCUCUUUCUGAGAUGCACGACAAUGCUGGGUUCCUCUGGAGGCCCAUCUUACUUGUUGGUUUCUCUGUUUCUGGCCACCUUGGCCUCUUGGCAGUCCUGUCUUUGUUCUGGUUCUACUGGAUGUGUAAGCUUGGAGGCUUUAAUGAGGGGAUAGAAAAUAAUAGAUUCCUGUAUGCAAAUUUAGCUCUUUUUACCUCCUUGGGUCUAGGUUUGUCAAAUCUCAUCUUGUGCCUCUAUAACCAAUUUUGGUGCCAGCAUGGAUGGUGGUCUCAUGAUCAGCUUUCAACCCAGUUGGAUUUGGCCAUCAGGGCAGUUGCAUGGUUUGCUAUUGCUGCUUAUUUGCACUUCGAGCUGUAUUGCUCAAGAGCAAAGAGAUUUCCAUUAUUUCUUGGGAUCUGGUGGGGUCUCUUCUUGCUGAUGUCUUGUUCCAGCCUUGUUAUAGAUAUCCUACAUAUGAAGCAACAUGCAGUUCUUCAGGCAUUUGUGGUGCUGGAUUUUGGGUCACUCUUUUGCAGUCUGAUUCUUAACUAUGCUGGCUCUUUUGGCAAGAGGAGUGAAGAAGAGAGUCCUCUUGUUCGGGAGCCUCUCUUGGUUGCUGGUAGUGUCAAUGCAUCAUGCAAUACCACUGGCAUCAGCAAUGUUUCCGUUUUCAUGAAUGCCAGUUUCCUUAGUAUCCUUUCCUUCUCUUGGAUGGGUCCUUUGCUUUCCAACGGUCAUAAGAAAACAUUAUGCCUUGAAGAUGUUCCACCAUCAUCUGACAUUGACAAUGUUAAUUUUGUUUUCCCAAUUUUCAAAAGUAAGCUUGAAUCAUAUGCCAGAAGUGGUACUGGUGGCUCCACUACUACAUACAAAUUGGCUAAGGCAUUAGUGUUUAUCGCAUCAGAGCAAGUCCUACUAACAGCUUUUUAUGCACUUGUGCACAUAGUAGCUUUAAUUCUAGGUCCCUACCUUAUUGGUUUCUUAGUCCAAUACCUUUUUGGCGACCGGAAAUUUGCCAAUGAAGGGUAUCUUUUGGUUUUGGCAUUUGUUGUUUCAAAACUUCUCGAGUGCCUUUCACAGAGGCACCGGUAUUUCAGAUUGCAGCAGGCUGGGAUCAGGGUUGAGGCCUGCCUUGUUGAUAUGGUCUCCCAAAAGGGUCUCACUCUGUCUUACCGGUUGAGGCAGAGUCAAACUAGUGGGGAGAUCAUCAAUCUUGUGAGUAUUGACGCUGAAAGGGUGGCAGCUUUCAGUUGGCACAUGCAUGAUAUAUGGAUGAUUCCAUUGCAAGUCACACUGGCUUUGUUGGUCUUGUAUGCUAGGUUGGGGCUCGCUUCACUUGCUGCUUUAGGAGCUACCUUUGUUGUCAUGCUAGCCACUUUUCCCUUGGGGAAGGUGGAAGAACACUUCCAGGAAAAGAUGAUGGAGUCUAAAGAUGUUAGGAUGAAAGCUACUUCUGAGAUCUUGAGAAGCAUAAGAUUUCUUAAGCUUCAAGACUGGGAGAUGAAGUUCCUGUCAAAAAUAAUUGAAUUAAGGAAAAUUGAAACAGGUUGACUGAAGAAAUACAUUUAUACAUCUGUUAUGACAACAUUUGUCUUUUGGAAUGCCACUACUUUCGUUGCAGUGGUCACCUUUAGUGCUUGUAUGCUUAUGGGAAUACCAUUAGAAUCAGGAAAUGUUCUGUCAGCGCUUGCAACUUUUAUGGUGUUGGAAGUGCCCAUUUAUAGCGUUCCUAACAUGAUUCUGAUGCUAAUUCAGACCAAAGUUUCCCUUGACAGAAUAUCAUCAUUUCUGUGCCUUGAGAACUUGCAGCCAGAUCUAGUACAGAGACUUCCUAUAGGUAGCUCUGAGGUUGCCAUUGAAGUUAGCAAUGGAAGUUUCUCAUGGGACCCCUCUUCUGAAAUUCCUACUUUGAAAGAUUUGAAUUUUCAAGUGUUGCAAGGGAAGAGGGUUGCUGUUUGUGGGACUGUUGGCUCUGGUAAAUCAAGCUUGCUAUCCUGCAUACUAGGUGAAGUCCCAAAGAUAUCUGGAACUCUUAAAUUGUGUGGAACAACAGCUUAUGUCUCCCAAUCACCUUGGAUACAGAGUUGUAAGCUUCAAGAAAACAUAUUGUUUGGUAAGGAAAUGGAUCGUGAGAAGUAUGAAAAAGUCCUUGAAGCCUGCUCUUUGAAAAAGGACUUAGAAAUACUUCCCUUUGGAGACCAGACUGUUAUUGGAGAGAGAGGCAUUAAUUUGAGCGGUGGGCAGAAGCAAAGGGUACAGAUUGCUCGUGCUUUAUGCCAAGAUGCUGACAUUUUUCUAUUUGAUGAUCCAUUCAGUGCUGUUGAUGCCCACACAGGAUCCCAUCUCUUUAAGGAGUGUUUGCUUGGGCUUUUAGCUUCAAAAACUGUGGUCUAUGUCACCCACCAUGUGGAGUUUUUACCUUCAGCUGACCUUAUCCUUGUCAUGAAAGAUGGAAAGAUUAUACAAGCAGGGAAAUAUGAUGAGAUAUUAAAUUUUGGAACAGAGUUUAUGGAACUGGUUGGUGCUCAUAAAGAUGCUUUAGCAUUACUUGAUUCAAUGGAUGUUGCUGUAAAUGCUUUGAAUAGCACCGUGGAAGGUAGUUUUUGUGACACUGGAAGUAGUGCACGGGUUUCUCAUAACAUAGAGCAGGAAGAUGCACAGAAUGAUAUAUCAGACAAUGUAUGUAGGCAGGAGGGACAACUUGUUCAAGAAGAAGAGAGGGAGAAAGGUAGGGUUGGAUUUCAGGUCUACUGGAGAUACAUCACAAUGGCAUACAAAGGAGCUCUUCUGCCACUAAUACUGUUGGCUGAAAUUCUCUUUCAAAUCCUUCGUAUUGGUAGCAAUUACUGGAUGGCACAGGCAGCUCCUGUUUCAGAAGGUGAAGAACCUCCGGUGCAAGGUGCAAUUCUAAUCUAUGUCUAUGUUGCAUUUGCUCUUGGAAGCUCAAUUUGUAGUGCCAUAAGCUCUUCGCUUCUUGUAACAUCUGGAUAUAAGACGUCAGCACUGCUAUUUAACAAAAUGUUUAUGUCCAUUUUCCGUGCACCCAUGUCACUCUUUGAUUCUACUCCAAAUGGUCGUAUCCUUAGCAGAGCAUCAACUGAUCAAAGUAAGGUAGAUAUGGCUAUUCCUUUCCAGAUUGGUGGGUUUGCAUUUUCUAUUAUACAGCUUUUGGGGAUCAUUGCAGUCAUAUCACAGGUAGCAUGGCAAGUUUUCAUCAUGUUUAUCCCUGUGAUUGCAGGUAGCAUUUGGUAUCAGCAAUAUUACAUCAGUACAGCACUAGAACUGGCAAGGCUGGAUGGGGUGUGUGGAACUCCUAUCAUACAACAUUUUGCUGAGUCAAUAUCAGGAUCGAUGGCAAUUAGAAGCUAUGGCCAGGAACCAAGAUUUGUAAGCACUAGCUUCUGUCUGAUGAAUGAUUACUCUCGACCAAAGUUUCAUAAUGCUGGUGCAAUGGAGUGGCUCGGUCUUCGUCUGGAUAUGUUGUCAUCUCUUACUUUUGCCUUUGUUUUAGUAUUUCUAAUCUCUGUUCCCAAAGGCAUAAUUGACCCAGGCAUGGUGGGCCUUGCAGUGACCUAGGGACUUAGCCUGAAUAUUCUGCAAGACAUGGUCAUAUGGUAUCUCUGCAGUCUUGAAAAUGAAAUUAUAUCUGUGGAGAGAAUACUGCAGUAUACGGACAUUCCAAGUGAACCUCGUCUUAGUAUUGAGUCAAACAGACUGGAUUGUAACUGGCCAUCAAUUGGAGAAGUAGAGAUCUUGGACCUGCAAGUUUGCUAUGCCCCACAUUUGCCUUUUGUGUUAAGGGGCCUCAGCUGCACAUUCCCUGGAGGAAUGAGGACUGGUAUUGUUGGAAGGACGGGCAGUGGCAAGUCUACCCUGAUACAGACUCUCUUUCGCAUCAUUGAUCAUACCAUUGGUCGGAUAUGUAUAGAUAGAAUUGACAUUUCAACCAUCGGACUUCAUGACCUUAGAUCCAGAUUAAGCAUUAUUCCUCAAGACCCAAUUAUGUCUGAUGGAACGGUGUGCAGCAAUUUGGACCCACUCGAAGAAUACGUGGAUGAGCAGAUAUGGGAGGCCUUGGAUUGCUGUCAUCGUGGAGAAGAAGUUAGAAAGAAAGAAUUAAAGCUGGACUCUGCAGUGACUGAAAAUGGUGAGAAUUGGAGCAUGGGUAAGCGUCAGCUUGUCUGUUUAGGUCGGGUACUUCUGAGAAAAAAUAAGAUCUUGGUUCUUGAUGAAGCAACUGCUUCUGUGGAUACAGCCACCGACAGCCUAAUUCAGAGAACUCUGAGGCACAAAUUUUCUGAAUCAACUUUGAUUACAAUAGCGCAUCGGAUAACAUCUGUUCUUGAUAGGGAUAUGGUCUUGGUUCUUGAUAAUGGUUGUUGGCACCAAAUAUCUCAAUUUUUUUUUUACAUCUUUUAUCCUGUUGGGUAACUUGAUUCAUUAUUGGACUAGUUGGUUGUGCAGGAAUAUUAUCGUGGAACAUGACAACUCAUCAAGAUUGUUAGACGAUAAGUUGUCAUAUUUUGCAAAGCUUGUCUCCAAGCACGCUACGAGGUCUAGUGCAGGUGCUGAUGAGCCAAGCAACUGUGGAGUUGAAGACUAGAUGAAUUCUAUUGGCAUUUCUCUUUGUUGGAAUAACAUACCUUCAAUGAUGCCAAAAAUGCACGGGAAAUGAGUGAACCAGAGGUCCAUUUUAUAAGUGCGGAUGCAUUAGUUCUUUAAUUUUAUCAGCUCAGCCACCAGACUUUGCCCGUCUGAUAUAAUAUUCAAAUGCGUGUAAUUUGUUGCAUAUCCUUCAAUGUAACUCUUGACGAUGAACUGAGUUGUAUUCGAAUGCUGCCCUAUGCUAGCAUUCCUUUUGAAGUUAAUUUCAGACAUGGCUACAAUGUAUCAAGUGUUUCUUUUGUAA